AUGGACAGCACAUGGCCGGGGGAGCAGCGGGCCUCGACUAGCUCUGCCCCGGGGCCAUGGUCCAUCGAGAGUCGGAAUAAAUUGAAUCGGGUCGGCAAUUAUCAUCUGCUCAAAUCUAUCGGCCGCGGCAACUUUGCAACCGUAAAACUGGCCAAGCAUGAUAUUGCGAAAACGAAGGUCGCUGUCAAGAUGGUUGACAAAACCAAGAUCGAGCCAGAGAACCUCAUCAAAAUCGAGCGUGAAAUUGAGAUCCUGAAGCAACUCGAUCAUCCCUAUGUCGUCAAGCUCUAUGAGGUGAUGCGCACCGACCGAUUUAUUUACAUUGUAACCGAAUACUGCUCGGGCGGCGAAAUGUUUGAAAUUCUCGUGGAAAAAGGACGGAUCUGCGAAACAGAUGCAAGGAAAUGGUUCAAUCAAAUCGUCGCUGCCCUCACUUAUUGCCAUGAAAACGGCGUAGUGCACCGAGAUUUGAAAGCCGAAAAUUUACUCGUCGACAAGAAUAAUGAUAUCCGAAUUAUUGAUUUUGGUUUCUCCAACUUCCAACCGCCAAAUCACAUGCUCAAAACUUCAUGCGGAUCGCCGCCUUAUGCUGCCCCUGAGCUUUUGCUAGCCAAUGAUUAUGAUGGAACAAAGGCUGACAUUUGGAGUCUCGGCGUCCUGCUGUAUAUAAUGGUUACGGGUGGCUUCCCAUUCCCCGGCGAUUCUAUUGACAAACUUAAACGCGCCAUACUCUCAGGGCCUUUCAAAAUUCCUUACUUCGUGUCGGUUGAAUGCUCGGAUUUGCUCAGAAAGAUGCUAGUCCUCAAUCCAGUGAAACGGUUCAGCAUUCAGCAAGUUGGACAACAUAGUGCCCGCCUCUCGGAAAAGCGAAAACUCAACCCAACUGUGCUCGUUUUUCUUCAACAACAUUCAAAAUGGUCGGAGGAGAGUAUUAUGGAGGACGUUGAAAAGCGUAACUAUGAUGGUCCUAUCUAUGCUGCGUAUGAGCUACUCUGUGAAAAGCUGCGAGCAGCCUCGGAAGAUACCACAGUGGAUCAGCCGAGGAGAGGGAGCAGAGGCAGCAUUCUAUCAGGAAAAGCUAAUGUGGAUCCUGAACCUGCGGCACCAACUAUUUCGGCUCACCACUUGGCCCAGCUCAGCUUGUUGUCGAGUGCUGAAUAUGAAUCUGACGACUCAUCUGCUUCGGAAAUGUGUGAGGACUCGCCUUGUUCAUCGUCACGACGAAAAGAUAGCAAGCAUCGGAUCGAGGAGACAAUGCCUUAUCAAUCGAGGGAACAACGUCGGCAUACACUUUGCGCAACCGAACCGCUUUUGCCGCCGGAAUUGUUGCAACAGCUUGGCGGAGGCAAG